AGAAUCACUCAAAAAUAAAAUUAAAAAUCAUGGGUGUAAUGAUUGGCAAGAAGCCUCAUGUAUUGGCGGUGCCGUUCCCGGCUCAAGGCCAUGUCAAGCCGCUCAUGAAAUUGGCGCGCCAAAUCGCCAAAUACGGGAUUAAGGUCACAUUCGCUAACAUCGAAUCUGUUCAUGACAAAAUAGUUUCUUAUUCAGCCAAAAUGUCAGAAGACGUGGACGUGGACGUGGACGAGGACGAGGACGAGGACGAGGGCAACUUGGUGCUGACAUCGGUGGGAGACGGGCGAGGUCCGGACGAUGACCACGAGGACGUGUUUAAGCUUCUGGACACGCUGAGAAGCUCGAUGCCUCAAUCCCUGACGGAUUUGAUCGAGACGAUAAACGCCUCCACACCUGAUGAGAGAAUCAGCUGUGUGAUUGCCGAUAUCACAAUGUCUUAUGUCUCUGAGACUGCGGAGAAGAUGGGAGCGGAAUUCGUCGUUUUCUCGCCACCUUCCGCGGCGGCCGUAGGCGUCAUCAAUGUCAUUCCUAAGCUCCUGGAAGAAGGAAUUCUUGAUCAAAAUGGAAGUGUAACAAAUGGGCAGACAACCAGCCUAUCCGACGAUAUACCCGCGUGGAGGAAAGAUGAAUUCUCAUGGAGUUUUGCAAUCGACCUAAAAACGCAGAAGAUCUUCUUCGAAUGUUCGCGAAGGGUCUUGAGCGCAGCAGCCGAAGCCAAGCUGUUGAUAAGCAACACCUGCUACGAGCUCGAGCCCGCAGCUUGCGAUCUCAUCCCCAACAUCCUGCCGGUCGGCCCGCUGACUCUAUUCGAGCCCGACGGCCCGAAAUCCAUCACCUCCUCCUGCAACUUCCACCGCGAAGAUCCUUCUUGUUUGACCUGGUUGGAUAGUAAACCACCUAAAUCCGUCAUCUAUGUUUCCUUCGGCAGCUUGGCAGUUUUCUCUCAGCAGCAGCUGGAUGAGCUGGCGCUCGGCCUCGAGAUGUCGGGCCGGGCCUUUCUGUGGGUCGUGAGGUCGGAUCUCGCCAACGGGUCGCGGGCCGUGUUCCCGGAUGGUUUCGUGGAGAGAGUGGGUGAGGUUGGGAAGAUUGUUGAGUGGGCGCCUCAGGAGGAGGUUCUUUCUCAUCCUUCUGUCGCAUGUUUUUUGUCGCACUGUGGGUGGAACUCGACUCUCGAGGGACUGAGUCGGGGUUUGCCCUUUUUGUGUUGGCCUUAUUUUUCGGACCAAUUUCAUAACCAGAAGUAUAUAUGUGAUAAAUGGGAGAUUGGGUUGAGGAUUGAUCCUGAUGAGAACGGGAUUAGGUUGAGGCAUGAAAUUAUGGAGAAGAUUGAUAUGCUUUUUUGUGAUGAUGGUUUUAAGGAAAAUGCAACGAGGUUGAAGGAGAUAACUGCGGAGAGUGUUGGUGAAGGGGGCUCUUCUUACGAGAAUAUGAUGAAGUUCAUUGAUCAUCUUAGGAAAAUACGUUGAUUAUGGUUAAUGUUGCGUUUCGAAAUUUAUGAUUAUUCUCAAUUUUUGUGCUUUGAUUGAAUCAUGCAUCAUGUUGUUUUGUGUGUUGCUUAUCUAUUAUUUUCUUGUAAUGUUCACUUUAUGAGAUAUAUGUAUUUACGGUGUAUGUUGUUUUUAA